GAAUCGUCUGCGCCCCACACUGCAACGGGGAAAGAGCGCACCAGGCAAUCACGUGCGGGCUGCGCUCCUUCCCAAUUCGGCAUGUCGCUCUCACCUGCCCUCAUGGUGAACUGACGCACCAGGAGCUUUGCCGAGCAACUCUCCAGAUAUUCUCAAACUCCCCUCCAUUUUUUCUUGACGGGGUCCUUCUCCUACUCAUGGUCAAUUCGACUUGUGGCUGCAAAAGCAGCAAUGGAAAUCGCUCCUUAUUCCCCUUCGAAGAAGUCUUGUCCUUCGACAAGCAGAGUCUUUCAUUUCUCUAAAUACUCACAAGCUACAACAUUACUGCUUGAUAACACCAUAACAACCGCUCCUUGUUCAUCGCACAUAAAGCGAGAUAGUAAGCAUCGUUCCUCGACUUUUCCCUUGGGUGAAAACCUCCAGUCCUUCGUUACCCUACAGAACCAGGCAGCUACAAAGUCAACAUCUGCAUCCAAGCAAACACCUAUUGGUGUCAAUGUCCAAUUACUUCUGACUCCCGCGCGUGAAAGGAUACAGGGGGUGAAACGUCGAUCAGCCGCAGCAUACCUCCCAGCACGCCGCUCUCACUCUAAGUCUCGAAAUAGAGACCGAUUCAUACCAUGGCGAUCAGACCCCAACGCCUCUAUUACUCAGCAUCAUAUACGAAAACUUCCGAAAGAUUUAAAGGCCAAUGAAAAGCUCGUCCGUCACCAAGAGUAUAGCGAUGAUCCUUUUGGUCGCCGUGGAUCCUGGGGGAUACUACCACCUUAUCAGCCAAACUUCUCGCAGGCUCCGCACAUGUCUCCACACCUUGUAGAUGAUCAGGCAGUACCGAGUUUAUAUCCUCUUCAAAGACGACAAGUCACGCCUCGUCAAGUGAGCAUAGGGGGCAUUUGGAAUGUCGGUGGGCCUUCGAUUGCAAUAGGAGGUCCAUGGCUGGGAUCGACUGAUUGUCAAAAAGGCUUCCCUGGACAAAAGUCAACUACUCCAAUUCAUAUUGCCCGAUAUUCAUACGAAAAUUACCUUUCUUCAGAAGAAGAAAUGGAAAUGAAUCAAUCAAGACUCGCUAAAGCCUUUGACGUUGACCUGACACAUCGACAACUUAUCAUUUGCAAGCCCAUCACGCCAACGAACAUUAGCAUAUGUCCUUCUUCUCCGCAAUAUGAAAGGUUCUGCCCUCUAGCAUGGAAAGACUGCAUGUGGAAACGAGGCGAGCUUCUACCGUGUUAUAAUGCCCAUCGAUGUCAACCAAAAAAACCAUAUCGUGCUGUGCCCUUUUGUUUUCUGCCCACACCCUAUAUAAAAGACGACUUUUACUGCUCGGUGCUAGCCUACUGUCGCACUUCUGGACUAUUAGCAUAUGCUAUGAUGGAUGUUGUCUAUUUAUGGUCAACAUCAACUUGCGGAAGGAUGGCAGCGUAUGCCGUAGGGCAUCCUAAUGAAGACUACGUCACAGGUUUGGCAUUCUCAUCAUCAGCGGGUCAACGAAGUAUUUUAGCAGUUGCAACACGAUGUGGCUAUCUAUACCUGUGGAGUACCCACAGGCCCCAACCACGGCGUAUAUGGCAGUAUCCCGUCCCAAUAAGUUGCGUGGCGUUCAAACAAACAACAACUCGACGUCUUUCUACAAUCUUCUCGGGGGUUGAAGCUUUUGUUGAAGACUUGGCUGUUGGUGACCAGAUUGGUACUGUUUGGUAUUACUGUGUCGAAUCCUCCGAUUCUAGCUCCCUUUCGAAGGUUACGCUUCUGGCCAGGAUUGAGGCGCAUCAUGGGUGUAUCUGUGGCAUAUCUUGGUCCCCAGAUGGAAAAUAUCUCGCUACAAGUGGUGAUGACGAUGUAUGUCUACUCUUCGAUCUGAAACGUAUCCUUGGCGAAAAACACUCCUUAAGCUUACCGCGACCACCUUUGAUCGCGAGCCAACUCCUUCCUAGCCAAGACUCCCAAACUGGCUUACAUUCGUCGAUCCAUGCUCGAUUUCUUCGUAUUCUUAGAAGACUAUCCCAACUGGAAACUGGGUCUUCGAUUUCUGGUUCCUCAGCGUCAUCCAGCCUCUUAUCUGAUUUAUCAUCUUUUUCUGAAGUCUUGGAACCACUGAGAGCUUUGCUUAGCAUCGGCCAAGAUCAGCGCGUGAGUAAUCCAGAAACCGAUGGGGCUCGGCGCCGUUCAGUUACAUUAUCAGGCAGCCUUCAAAGAACCGUGAGAGCUUCAGAGUCUCGAGAACCCUCUUCUAUAUCGUCAGACGGGCACUCAGACUCACAGAUUCCAACUACGGCUUUCAUACCUUAUGACAGCCAGGUGCAUCAAUUCGUUCAUUACUCUGCCGUCAAAGCCAUCGCCUUUGCGCCGUGGCAGCCAACUCUUCUAGCUACUGGAGGUGGCAUGAGUGACCGCACUGUCCAUUUCUACCAUACACCAUCCGGCAGCUGCUUAGCCAAAAUCUAUAUGUGGGCGCAAGUGACAGGGCUUGUGUGGAGCACCACUCGACGGGAAAUCGCAGUAAUCCUCGGAUUCCCUGAGCCCGAGCAUCCAUUCCGUGUCGCUGUAUUUGCAUGGCCCAGUUGUGAGCAAAUUGCGGCCAUACCCUGGAAUAUAGAUGCUGAAGGUCAGGUCUACCCUGAGAAUUCUGUAUCGGAGAGGGCACUAUCCGCAAUAAGCAUUCCAAACUUCAAGAAUCCACCCUUCGAUAGGUAUAAUGCCCCAACUCACCCCGAAGAUGAGUGUAUUGCCGUAGCUUCAAGUGACAACAUCAGGUUCUAUCGAAUCUGGAGAAAGCCGCACAAGCAUUUUACUGGGUCUACCGGUGUAUUGCACAGUACAAUUCUAGAGUCACUUGAUGGCAUUGAGAAUCCAGGGAAUGAAGUUAUCCGAUAGCCUUGUCUCGAUUUGUUGGGUGUGUAGCCAAAAGGUUUCGCUUCUAUUCUUAUGGGUUGGUACUAUCACAAGUCUACAGCGCUAUUAGUAUAUUAGGCGUGACCAAUGUCAAAGGGUCUUAAAAUGCACAUUAUUUUUAUGGCUUGUCCAAGCUUUAUCGAAGUCACCGAAGAAAUCACUAGAUCUAUGAUAAGAUUACAUAUUCAAAGCAAUCAAAUAUCGAAAGCCCCAGUACCGGACUACUAACUUACCUACAAAUAAUAUCUUCUAGCCAUGAUUCCAGUCUAUAACCCCUAAUUACCUUAAAUGAAGUUGACCAGAAUGAUAGUGCGGUGCAGCUAAUCUCUAAUCUUUUCAAAUGUUGAUAAUAUGCUCGCAUCAUAUAUACAUAUGCAAUGAAUGGCCCGACGCCUCUGGAAUUCCCAAAACAAACCAAAGAGUACAAAACCAGCGAAGACAAUUUUAGAAAUUCGGAGCAG